AUGACGAGAGAGGUACACUGUGACGUACAUAAGACGACAAUCAAUGUGACGAUCAAUGAUUUACCCAAGUUCUUCGACGCUUGUCACACUUUUAAUCGUCGUAUCGAGGAGCUUCCCGAAAUCCGGAGUCCUGGUCAAACGACCGAACGUCAAUCUCAUCAAGCUUCAUCAAUGAGAAUGAUAUAUCAUAAGAGGCAGAGGAGCUUUUGUAGAUGUGAUAUGAUGUAUCUACAAAGGGUUCGAACCUCGGCAACUUUUGAAGGCUUUAUAUGCUCCAAAAACCGACGACCUUUUAUCUUUGUGCUCGGGCAAGUGAUUAAUCCAGUGAAGUGUAUACUGAGGAUAAUCGAAUUGCUGGUUGCAAACUAUUACCAAAUGCUUCCAUCACCCUCAGGGGUUGUUGGGGAAUUUCUGAGCCCCUAG